CAGGCGCUCGGCUGGUGAUCGGGCUUCCGGAGUGAAUUUGUGAAGUGUCGCCAUUUGGGUAGCGCGUCUUAUUUUCCUCGUUGUUUUUCACAGUCAUUGUGUCUCUUUCGCAGGUAUAUUUUCAGAUUAUUGCCGUGAAAAAUGUCUCAUACGCGCAAUGAGUGCCGAAUCUACGUGGGUAAUCUGCCACCGGACAUUCGCACAAAGGACAUUCAGGAUCUCUUCCACAAGUUUGGCAAAGUGACAUUUGUCGACCUGAAGAACCGUCGAGGGCCCCCUUUUGCGUUCGUGGAGUUCGAAGAUGCCCGCGACGCCGAUGACGCUGUGAAGGCGCGCGACGGCUACGAUUACGACGGAUACCGUCUGAGGGUGGAGUUCCCACGCGGCGGAGGCCCGGGCAGCUACAGGGGCAACCGCAGCAACGAUCGCAGCCGGGGUACAGACAGCGGCGGCAGCAGAAGCAACCGGCCGCCCACGAAGAGAUCUCAGUUCAGGGUGGUUGUCUCCGGACUGCCGCCUUCCGGCUCCUGGCAGGAUCUCAAGGAUCACAUGCGAGAGGCUGGCGAUGUUUGCUUCGCUGACACGUACAAGGACGGCACUGGCGUGGUGGAGUUCCUGCGCCACGAGGACAUGAAGUAUGCCAUCAAGAAGCUGGACGACUCGAGAUUCCGCUCCCACGAGGGAGAAGUCGCUUACAUUCGCGUCCGGGAGGAUUCUGGUGAAGAGCGUCGAGAUAAUUUCCGCGAUCGCUCUCGCUCGCGCUCCUUCUCGCCGCGUCGUCGCCGAGGGACGCCAACCUAUUCGCCGGUGCGUCGGUCAUUCUCCAGAUCACGUUCAGACUCCAGGUCCAACUACUGACUUCCCCCACAGCCCACGGUCGCCGUCUUAUCUUCAUUUCCAGCGUUCGCAGAAUGAGUUAAAUUGGAAAGCAUAGAGAGUAUGAUAAAAAGAGAGGGAAGUUUAUGGAAAAUGGGAUGAAAAGGAUUAGGAUAAUAUCUGGACUCCAUGAAGGAAGUAUUAUCAAACUUUUAGAUUUACACACAAUUUCUCUCUAAUGUCCUUUUCUUUAAUCUGUUGCAUUUGCAAUUUGCAAACACACAAUUUAAAUUCUCCCUCCGCGAUGAAAAAAUAAUAUAUAUUAUUAAAAAAAAACCACUUUCAACAAGAACCAAUUUUUGCAAAAAUAAGAGAGAGAGAACUGAAGAUUCAUUUCUAUAGAAAUGAGAUGAAAAGUAAAGAGCGAACAAAUGGAAUCUUCAGUUGAGAUUUCUAAGAAAACUAUCGUAAAGAAAGAGAACAUUAAAAAAAGAUUAAAAAUGCUAAUUGAUGAGACAAUGACAAAUUAUACAUGUGCAUUUCUAUCAAUUUUAUCACUAAUGCAUCUUUUCUUUCUUUUUUUCUUUGAUUUACCCUCGGAUAAGAGAUGUAAUUGAAUAUAGAUGUGGAUUUGGGAGGAUUUCGCUGGACAAAGUAUGAAUUGGACUCUGGAAGGAUUUUGCAAUGAAGUAGGAUUUAGGAAUUUAGGAGGAUAAAUACUGGAUUUGGACAAAUGGAUG